AUGCAGAUUGAACGCCGUCCCUUUGGCCUCGGCGGCCUCGGCCCUUGCCGGCCCAAUGGCGCCUGGCGGCCCGUCUCCGUCUUAGACGAAUGGGUCGCUCGAGAGGCCCGGCCGAUAAGCCUCCGACAGCUCAUGGUUUUUGGCCGCUCUCUCACCGAGUCGCGCCUCAUCAGCUCCGCAAACUACGUCCGCACCGAGUUGCCUGUUAGAAUAGCCCAUCGCUUACGCGACAUGCAACGCCUCCCCUACGUCGUCGUAACCAACCAGCACAUCAACGACGUCUACGAUCUUUACUACAACGCCUUCGACACCUUCCGCAGGCUCAAGGAGGUCAAGACGCUCGAGGAUAACGACAAACUUUGCAGCAUCAUCAGCCAGAACCUCAAGGGCCACUUGACCGUCAUCCCCAAGCUGGCCCAGGGCAUUCUCGAGUGCGGCGAGCUGAUGGACCCCCGAGAGCUCGACCAGUUUAUGAAUACCAUUCUGAGAUCGCGCAUCUCCCGCCGCGUCAUCGCCGAGCAACAUCUCUCCCUGACGGAAACAUACAACUCGCCCUACUUCUCCCCCGGCGCCAAGCUCUCCGAGUCCGACUUCAUCGGCGAAGUCUUCAUCAAGUGCUCCGCCAAGGACGUUGUCGACCGCUGUGCAAAGGCCGUCCGUGCCCUCGCCCGCUCUACAAAUGGGCCCGACGUCGCCAUCCCCGAGAUCCGCGUCGUCGGCCACCUUGACGCCAGCUUCCCCUACAUCCUCAGCCACAUCGAGUACAUUGUCGGCGAGCUCCUGCGCAACUCGGUCCAGGCCGUCGCCGAUCGCCAACAGCACAAGAAGCCUGACAACACCGCCUCCUCCCUUUCCCCAGCCACCACCACGCCGCCCCCCCCCGUCGAAGUGACCGUCUGCGAAGCCCAGGAGCAUGUCAUCUUCCGCAUCUCGGACCAGGGCGGCGGCAUCCCCCGCGACCAGCUCCCCCACCUGUGGUCCUUCAGCAAGGGCCCCCAGAGCCAGCGCCGCCUCGAGAACCUCGGCCAAGUGCCUCGCAUGGCCGCCACCAUGCAGGAGCUCCACGUCCAGGACGAGCUCGCCCGCGCAGACCUCAAGACGCCCCCCUACCAGAGCUCCCUCUCUCCGCUCACCGUCCGCCCCCCAAACCUGCGCCUCGGCAUGGGCCUUCCCCUCAGCCGCGUCUACGCAGAGUACUGGGCCGGCAGCCUCCACCUCCACAGCCUCGAGGGCUACGGCGUCGACGCCUUUCUCCAGAUAUCUCGCCUCGGAAAUAAGAACGAGCAGCUCACAACCAGGGCCAGCAUGGACGCUGUAUAG